CGAGGGUGGGUAUGAAAAUCUCGUCAUUCAGAUGUUGGAAGCCGAGCGUCCGAACCGUCCGAGUCUCAGCGACGAGACCAGCUGGAUAUAGGCGAGCGCAACCCGAAAGAGCUGGAGCGAGCGACGCGUUUGACGUCAGCCGAGAACUGUCGAUAAGUGUACUAUCUGUGAAUGUUCCGUAUCACCCCGCUUUGCCUUGUUUAUCUCAGACUCGGGUGUCUCUUACAUACCACCACAAUAUUGCUCCUUUGUAUCACGCCUAGAAAUCCACGGUUUUGUCCUGCUAACUCUCGCCUGAUUCGUUUAGUGUUUCCCGCUGUCAUCCCGGCUGGUUUCCAUAUUGCUGGCAAUGACAUCUCCACUGGCAGUUACAUAGGUUACGAGCAUGUCGAUUCUCAUGUCUUGUACCAGCAUCCAGACCAAAGUAUCAGACCAUAUCAAUUCACUGGUUCUUUAGACUCGAACCUCAUCUUUAUCACCUCCACGAGGCUCCGCCAAACCAUUAAUUAUUAUUCCUAACCAACAGAGCAGCCUUUGGAACCCACAGGCGCUCAGCCG